AUGUCGUGCCACUCUGAUGAUGUAUCUACUGAUGUAUCGUUGUCUUUAUCCUCGCCCCCUGGGAAAGGCUUGCCAUUACGACUUAUUGAUACCGCUGAUCAUCAAGCUGAGCGCCUAGAGGAGGCUGAUAAGCAAAUAUUAGAAUGGGCUGGCAAAUUGGAAAUUGAGAGUGUUGAUUUACGAGAGAAAUCUGCAGAACUGAUCAAAGUCUUGCAAAAGAAUUCAAAACAACUCUGUGGGAUUUUAAAAAGGCUUACCGAAGCACCAGCGAAGGAUGGAGAAAAGUCUAUACAGGAAAUUGGUUCACAUUUGGAGGAACAGCUGGGAAGGUUGGAGAAAAAAAUAGGAUCCCAAGGGUGCUGCACUCUAGUUUCUCCAGAGGAUCAGGAUAAGGAAAUUGGACUUGCAGCAUUAGCAGAACAUAUGAAAAGUCACCUUGAUAUCACUCAGGAGAGAACUGAGACGACGUUAAUCGCAGCCCGUGGCAUUAUGUUAAAUCUAACUAAGCAAUUCGAGGAUACACAAAACGUAUUGGUAUCAAUCUCAAAAGAUAUCAGCUACUUACGUGAUAGGCAAUUAUACGUGGAGGAGCGUUUGAACACGUUUGAAUAUAAAGAAAAGGUUGAAGGCAAAUGCACAAGUAGUGCAAGCGAUCUGAAUUUACAUGGAACAACGUUACUGAAUGAAGUUGAAGAAGAGAAUACGGACAUCAACUUAUUGAAAACUAAUUUAAUAAACAAGAGAGACGGGAGCAACAUUAUUGUGCUCCCAAAAGGCAACCAAUCUGCCAAGCGAAUAGGAAAAAGGCGCAAUCUUGCACAGGCUAGAACGAUCAUACCAUGGGAAGAGAUUGAAAACAAUGUCGAAGAUAUAUAA